AUGCUGUGCCUCUUGUGGCGUCCAGUUUCGGGAGAGAUUCGUUAUUCGAUUCCCGAAGAGCUGCAGACGGGAGCCUUUGUUGGGAAUAUCGCGGGCGAUCUGGGUUUGGAUGUGAAAGAGCUGGCGGCUCGCGGGUUUAGGAUCGUGUCGGGUCCCAGGAAGCAGUAUUUGGACGUGAACUUAGAGAAUGGGAUUCUAUUUGUAAAAGAAAAAAUCGACAGGGAACAGCUCUGUGGGUCGAGCCUGACGUGUGUGCUGUCUUUCGAAGCAGUGAUCGAGAACCCCCUCAAUCUGUAUCGUGUUGAAGUUGAAAUACUGGAUGUGAAUGACAAUGCUCCCGGUUUCUCAAAGAGCCAGAUCCGCCUUGAGAUCUCAGAGGGGGCUGCCCCGGGAACACGCUUCGCUCUGGAGUGCGCCCACGACCCAGACGUAGGAACCAACUCGCUGCAAACCUACCAGCUCGCCCCGAACGACCAUUUUAGUUUGGUGGUGCAAACGCGCGGCUCGGAUGGAAAGCUACCAGUGCUAGUGUUGGAAAAGCCGCUGGACAGAGAAAAGCAAACGGGUUACAGGUUAGAGCUAAUUGCCAAGGAUGGAGGUAUUCCUGAAAGAUCCGGUAAAGUUCAGAUCAUAAUUACUGUACAGGACGCCAACGAUAACGCACCUGUUUUCCAACAACCGCUUUACAGUGUCAAUGUAUUCGAAAAUGCCUUUAAGGGGACACUGGUCCUUCAGCUGAACGCCACCGACUUGGAUGAUGGCGCUAACGGAGAGAUAGUUUACUCAUUCAGUAGCCACACGUCAGCUCGAGUGCGUGAACUCUUUUCCCUCAAUGCCAAAACUGGUGAAAUCAGAGUGAAAGGGGAGUUGGAUUAUGAAGGAAAUAACGCUUUUGAGAUCAAUGUGCAAGCCAUGGACAAGGGUCCAAACGCGAUACCGGGCUACUGCGAUGUGUUGGUGCAAGUAAUUGAUGUGAAUGAUAACGCGCCAGAGGUAACUCUGACCUCUUUCUACAGCCCGAUAGGGGAAGAUGCUUUGCCUGGGACUGUGGUCGCUUUGAUCAGUGCAACAGACAAAGAUUCCGGCGAUUACGGACAGGUGCAAUGUCAGAUCGCCAACAACCUUCCUUUUCAACUCGUUUCCUCCUUGGAAAACUAUUACAAGUUGCUGACACUGCACCCACUGAACCGCGAAAAUAUCUCCGACUACGACAUUACAAUUCUCUGCAGCGAUGAAGGAAACCCACCGCUCACCUCCAGUAAAAACAUUCGGGUGGAGGUGUCUGAUGUCAACGACAACGCACCACGAUUUUCGCAACCUGCCUAUACUGCCCAUGUGUCGGAAAAUAACGCUAUCGGUUCAUCUAUUUUCUCAGUGACUGCUUAUGAUCCAGAUUCAAACCAGAACGCUCAACUAACCUACUCUAUCCUGGAGAGUCGGGUUCAAGGACAGUCGGUGAGCGCUUUUGUCUGUAUGAAUUCGGGCACUGGAACCAUCAUGGCCCAAAGAUCGUUUGAUUACGAGCAACUCAAAAACUUUGAAAUUCGGGUUCAGGCGCAUGACAACGGAGUCCCAGCACUCUUCAGCAACGUGUCUGUGGAUAUAAUUAUCCUGGACCAGAAUGACAACUCCCCAGUGAUCGUGUCUCCACUACCAGAAUAUGGCUCAACAGUGACAGAGACUGUCUCGAGGUUGGCAGAGCCAGGCUACCUGGUGGCCAAGGUCUCAGCCAUUGAUGCUGACACUGGGCAGAAUGGGCGUCUGUCUUACCAGAUUUUCCAGGCGAGUGACCCGGGGCUUUUCACCAUUUCCCCUGAUACUGGAGAAAUCUGGACCAUCCGCAGUAUCCAGGACAAGGACCUUAGGAACCAAAGGUUGGUCAUUGUGGUUAAGGACAAUGGAACCCCCUCACUUUCAGCCACGAUGACCAUCGUGUUAUCAGUGGUGGGCAGCGAUACGGAGAUGGUCUCUGACAGUGAAGGCUUAUUUGAACCGCGUGAAUUCGCUUCACCUUUAAGCCUGUACUUGGUCAUUGCUUUAGGAUCAAUCUCUUCCAUUUUUCUAGUGGUUUUAAUUAUCCUCGCUGUUCAGGUUCACAGAAACAGAACUGGAUUUGGUGCCUACAGUUGUCCUCUGGCUAACUGCUGUUGCUUUGAAACGAGACAUUCUCUGAAUGGGAUUCAAAAAGCCAGCAGAAACCUUCAGAUACCCCCGAACUACGUUGAAGUGUUUGGUGGCGAUCCACUUUCCCAGAGUUUCCGUUAUGGGUCGUGUUCAACUUCAGGCUCGAGCAAAGGAGACCUCCGAUUUUCCAACAUGGGCCAUGCAUCCACACACAGCAAUGACUUCAGGAGGGAAGUUAUUGGGUCAGAUGGAAACCCACGUGCAUCUGAAAAUUAUAGGAGCAAUGAAAAUGAAUUGCAGCCUGGUGCCUUUGUUGGUAAUAUCGCGCAGGAUUUGGGGUUAGACGCGAAACAGUUGUCUGCUCGUAGUUUUCGCAUUGUGUCGGGUCCCAGGAAGCAAUAUUUGGAUGCGAAUUUGGAGAAUGGGAUUUUAUUUGUGAAGGAAAAAAUCGACAGGGAAGAAUUGUGUGGUAAAAGCCCCACUUGCAGGCUAUCGUCCGAAGGCGUGAUUGAAAAACCUCCAAAUGUGUAUCCUAUUGAAGUGGAGGUAUUGGAUGUGAAUGACAAUGCUCCCAUCUUUCCCAAGAGACAAUUCCGCCUUGAAAUCUCGGAACUAGCAGCACCGGGGACUCGCUUUACCCUGGAGCGAGCCCAGGACCCAGACGUUGGGAUUAAUUCCAUUCAAACCUACGAACUGGUGACGAAUGAAUACUUCAGUCUAAAUAUCCAGACGAGAAACGUCGGCGGAAAGUCACCGGAACUAGUUUUGGAAAAAACACUGGAUAGAGAAAUACAUUCAAAUCACGAGUUAGUGCUGAUAGCCAAAGACGGAGGAAUUCCAGAAAGAUCUGGCACUGUAGCGAUAUCGAUCAUAGUGGAAGAUGCCAACGAUAACUCACCAGUUUACUCACAGUCAGUUUACAGAGUCAGCCUACCCGAAAACACGCCAAGAGGAACUCUAGUGCUAACACUAAACGCCACUGACUUGGAUGAAGGAUAUAACGCCGAGAUCGCUUACUCUUUGAGUGGUCACACGUCAGACAGAGUGAGUGAACUUUUUAGUUUGGAUUCCAAAUCCGGCGAAAUAAGAGUUAAGGGUAACUUGGAUUUUGAACAAAACGAUGUUUUUGAGAUUAAUGUACAAGCAAAGGAUAAGGGACCAUAUGCAAUCCCAGUCUAUUGUGAGGUGUUGGUGACCAUUACAGAUGUCAACGAUAACGCACCUGAGGUGACUCUGACCUCUUUAUUCAGCCCAGUUGGUGAGGACGCGCUGCCCGGGACUGUGGUCGCUGUGAUCAGUGCUGCAGACAGAGAUUCAGGAGCCAAUGGACAAAUACAGUGUCAGCUCGCAAACAAACUUCCCUUCAAACUGGAUUCCUCUUUAAAGAACUACUACAGACUGGUUACACGGGAGCCACUGGAUCGGGAAAAUGCCUCUGUGUACGACAUCACCAUUGUGUGCAGUGACAGAGGCGCCCCUCCCCUCACAGCCCACAAACACAUCCGGGUGGAGGUUUCUGAUAUUAAUGAUAACGCGCCGAGGUUUGCGCAGCCUUUAUACACAGCCCAUGUGAUGGAGAAUAACCUUGUGGGCUCUUCCAUUUACUCAGUGACAGCUUAUGAUCCGGAUUCAAACCAGAACUCUCGACUGUCUUACUCUAUUCUGGAGAGUCAGGUUGAGGGCGAGUCAGUGACCAGUUACGUUUCUAUCAACUCAGACACUGGUAUCAUUUACUGUCAAAGAGCUUUUGAUUACGAGCAACUCAAACACUUUCAGAUCCUGGUUCAAGCUGAAGACAGUGGAGUCCCAGCACUUUCCAGCAACGUGUCUGUGGAUGUCACCAUCCUGGACCAGAAUGACAACGCCCCAGUGAUCGUGUCUCCAUUGGCCGAGUAUGGCUCAACAGUGACAGAGACUGUCUCGGGAUUGGCCGAGUCAGGCUACCUGGUGGCCAAGGUAACAGCCACUGACGCUGAUUCUGGCCAGAAUGCUCGUCUCUCUUAUCAGCUUCUCCAGACCACUGACCAUGGACUCUUCACCAUCUCCCCCGGCACGGGAGACAUCUGGACCAUCCGUAGCAUCGAGGACAAGGAUAGUUUCCGUUACGGGUCCUAUUCUACUUCAGGUUCUUCCAAAGGAGGCUUCCCAUUUACCAACACACACAGUUCAUCCACCAAGAGGAAUAAAGCCAGGAGUGAACCAAUCGGGAACGAUGGAAACCCACUGACAACUUUGUCCGGGGGAAUGGUAGGGCUCUGUGUCGUGCUGAAACAAUUGGAAUGUUUCAUGCUGGAAAUGGGAUGGCGUAAGAUAAACCUGUGUUUAAAAUGGCAGCUGUUUUACUUAACCUUCUUCUCCCGGAACCUCGUUUCGGGUCAGAUUCGUUACUCGAUUCCUGAAGAAUUGCAGCCUGGUGCCUUUGUUGGGAAUAUCGCGCAGGAUUUGGGGUUAGAUGUGAAACAGCUGGUGGCUCGCAGUUUUCGCGUUGUGUCCGGUCCCAAGAAACAGUAUUUGGAGGUGAAUUUAGACAAUGGGUUUCUAUUUGUCAAAGAAAAAAUGGACAGAGAACAAUUGUGUGCAAGGAGCCUCAGCUGCAUGUUAUCGUUUGACGCCGUGAUAGAAAAGCCAGCGAAUCUGUACCCUGUUGAAGUGGAGAUUCUGGAUGUGAAUGACAAUGCUCCAAGCUUUCCAAAGAGCCAGAUUCGCCUUGAAAUCUCAGAGAUUGCGACUCCAGGAGCCCGCUUUGCCCUCGAGUGCGCGGACGAUCCGGACGUAGGAAUCAAUUCCCUGCAAACCUAUGACCUGGACGCCAAUGAUUAUUUCAGUUUACAUAUUCAGUCGCGUAGUGUGGAUGGAAAGUUACCGGUACUUGUGUUGGAAAAGCUGCUGGACAGAGAAGAGAAAUCGAUACACAGGUUAGUUUUGGUUGCUAAAGACGGGGGAGUUCCAGAAAGAUCCGGCACUGCUGAAAUAAUAAUCGUAGUGGAGGAUGCAAACGACAAUGCACCUGUGUUCUCACAGUUAGUUUAUACAGUCAGCCUAACAGAAAACGUAUCGAAAGGAACACUGGUGAUCAAACUGAAUGCCACUGACCUCGAUGAUGAGCUCAAUGGAGAAAUAAUUUAUUCUUUUAGCAGCCACACAUCCCCCCGAGUGCGGGAACUAUUCAGUGUGGACGCAAAAUCUGGUGAAUUAAGAGUUAAAGGGGAUUUGGAUUAUGAAGAAAACAAUGUGUUUGAAAUUAAUGUGCAAGCAAAAGACAAAGGUCCUAAUGCAAUCCCAGCCUAUUGUGAUAUCCUGGUGAAUAUUAUUGAUGUCAAUGAUAACAGACCUGAGGUGACCCUCGCGUCUUUAUUCAGCCCAGUUGGUGAGGACGCGCUGCCCGGGACUGUGGUCGCUGUGAUCAGUGCUGCAGACAGAGAUUCAGGAGCCAAUGGACAAAUACAGUGUCAGCUCGCAAACAAACUUCCCUUCAAACUGGUUUCCUCUUUAAAGAACUACUACAGACUGGUUACACAGGAGCCACUGGAUCGGGAAAAUGCCUCUGUGUACGACAUCACCAUUGUGUGCAGUGACAGAGGCGCCCCUCCCCUCACAGCCCACAAACACAUCCGGGUGGAGGUUUCUGAUAUUAAUGAUAACGCGCCGAGGUUUGCGCAGCCUUUAUACACAGCCCAUGUGAUGGAGAAUAACCUUGUGGGCUCUUCCAUUUACUCAGUGACAGCUUAUGAUCCGGAUUCAAAGCAGAACUCUCGACUGUCUUACUCUAUUCUGGAGAGUCAGGUUGAGGGCGAGUCAGUGACCAGUUACGUUUCUAUCAACUCAGACACUGGUAUCAUUUACUGUCAAAGAUCUUUUGAUUACGAGCAACUCAAACACUUUCAGAUCCUGGUUCAAGCUGAAGACAGUGGAGUCCCAGCACUUUCCAGCAACGUGUCUGUGGAUGUCACCAUCCUGGACCAGAAUGACAACGCCCCAGUGAUCGUGUCUCCAUUGGCCGAGUAUGGCUCAACAGUGACAGAGACUGUCUCGGGAUUGGCCGAGUCAGGCUACCUGGUGGCCAAGGUAACAGCCACUGACGCUGAUUCUGGCCAGAAUGCUCGUCUCUCUUAUCAGCUUCUCCAGGCCACUGACCAUGGACUCUUCACCAUCUCCCCCGGCACGGGAGACAUCUGGACCAUCCGUAGCAUCGAGGACAAGGAUGUUAGGAAGCAAAGAUUGGUCGUUGUUGUGAAGGACAAUGGAACCCCCUCACUUUCAGCCACAAUGACCAUCAUGUUAUCAGUGGUGGGCGGUGAUACAGAGAUGCUCUCUGACAGGGAAGGCUUAUCUGAACCCCGUGAAUUCGCCUCACCUUUCAGCCUGUAUUUGGUCAUUUCUCUGGCAAUCAUCUCCUCCAUUUUCCUGGUGGUAUUAAUCAUCUUAAUUAUUAAGAUCCACCGACACAGAACUGGAUUUGGUGACGCUGAUUGCUCGCUAUGUACUUGUUGCUGCUUUCAACCGAGACAUUCGCUGAACGGGAUUCAGAAAGCGAGUAGAAAUCUUCAGAUUCCUCCCAACUAUGUUGAAGUGUUUGGUGGUGAUCCCCUUUCCCAGAGUUUCCGUUACGGUUCCUAUUCAACUUCCGGAUCUUCAAAAGGUGGUUUUCCAUUUUCCAACACGCACAGCUCAUCCACCCACAGGAAUAAAGCCAGGAGUGAGCCAAUUGGGAACGAUGGAAAUCCUCUAACAUCAAAUUCCGCAAAUUAUAGGAACUGUGUAAAUAACGAGGAAUCGGAAUGCUUUACACUGGAGAUGGCUUAUAGUGGAAUCAUUUGGCUGAUAAAAUGGCGAGUAUUAUGCUUAUUAUCCGUCUCCUGGCAUUUAGUUUGUGGACAGAUUCGUUAUUCGAUUCCCGAGGAGUUGCAACCUGGUGCCUUUGUUGGGAAUAUCGCACAGGAUUUGGCGUUAGAUGUGAAUGAGCUGUCUGCUCGCAGAUUCCGUCUCGUUGAUGGUCCCAAGAAGCAAUAUUUGGAUAUUAACUUAGACACUGGUGUUUUAUUUGUAAAGGAAAAAAUUGACAGGGAAGAGAUUUGUGGACCGAGCCUGGCGUGUGCGCUGUCUUUGGAGUGUGUGGUUGAAAACCCACCGAAUGUGUAUCAUGUUGAAGUGGAGAUUCUGGAUGUGAAUGACAAUGCUCCCAGAUUCCCCAAGAAACAAUUUCGCCUCGAAAUCCCGGAGCUGGCUGCGACAGGAGCUCGCUUCCCUCUGGAGCGGGCUCAGGACAAAGACGUGGGAAGCAACGCCCUCCAAACCUACCAAAUUAGUGUGAAUGAAUAUUUCAGCCUAAAUGUUCUGGCGGGUGGUGAGGAUGGGAAGCUACCCGUGUUAGUGCUGGAAAAGCCCCUGGAUAGAGAAAAAAUAGCAGCUCACAGGUUAGUGUUGAUCGCCAGAGACGGUGGGGUCCCAGAGAGAUCUGGCACCGCUCAAAUAAUUAUCGUGGUGCAGGAUGCUAACGAUCAUGAACCUAUUUUUUCUCAGCCAGUUUAUCAUGUGAAUCUGUUGGAAAAUACACCCAAAGGAAGUGUGGUGAUUAAACUAAAUGCUACUGAUCAGGAUGAUGGUCCCAAUGGAGAGAUAGUUUACUCUUUGAGUGAUCACACAUCAGCAAGGGUGCGUGAAAUCUUUGCUGUGGAUUCCAAAACUGGUGAAAUCAGGGUUAAAGGAAAACUGGACUACGAAGAAAACAAAGCAUUCGAGGUAAAUAUAAAAGCCAUGGACAAGGGACCAAACGCAAUGGCAGUGUAUUGUGAGGUUUCUGUGAAAAUCGUUGAUGUGAACGAUAACGCACCUGAGGUGACUCUGACCUCUUUAUUCAGCCCAGUUGGUGAGGACGCGCUGCCCGGGACUGUGGUCGCUGUGAUCAGUGCUGCAGACAGAGAUUCAGGAGCCAAUGGACAAAUACAGUGUCAGCUCGCAAACAAACUUCCCUUCAAACUGGAUUCCUCUUUAAAGAACUACUACAGACUGGUUACACGGGAGCCACUGGAUCGGGAAAAUGCCUCUGUGUACGACAUCACCAUUGUGUGCAGUGACAGAGGCGCCCCUCCCCUCACAGCCCACAAACACAUCCGGGUGGAGGUUUCUGAUAUUAAUGAUAACGCGCCGAGGUUUGCGCAGCCUUUAUACACAGCCCAUGUGAUGGAGAAUAACCUUGUGGGCUCUUCCAUUUACUCAGUGACAGCUUAUGAUCCGGAUUCAAACCAGAACUCUCGACUGUCUUACUCUAUUCUGGAGAGUCAGGUUGAGGGCGAGUCAGUGACCAGUUACGUUUCUAUCAACUCAGACACUGGUAUCAUUUACUCUCAAAGAGCUUUUGAUUACGAGCAACUCAAACACUUUCAGAUCCUGGUUCAAGCUGAAGACAGUGGAGUCCCAGCACUUUCCAGCAACGUGUCUGUGGAUGUCACCAUCCUGGACCAGAAUGACAACGCCCCAGUGAUCGUGUCUCCAUUGGCCGAGUAUGGCUCAACAGUGACAGAGACUGUCUCGGGAUUGGCCGAGUCAGGCUACCUGGUGGCCAAGGUAACAGCCACUGACGCUGAUUCUGGCCAGAAUGCUCGUCUCUCUUAUCAGCUUCUCCAGGCCACUGACCAUGGACUCUUCACCAUCUCCCCCGGCACGGGAGACAUCUGGACCAUCCGUAGCAUCGAGGACAAGGAUGUUAGGAAGCAAAGAUUGGUCGUUGUUGUGAAGGACAAUGGAACCCCCUCACUUUCAGCCACAAUGACCAUCAUGUUAUCAGUGGUGGGCGGUGAUACAGAGAUGCUCUCUGACAGGGAAGGCUUAUCUGAACCCCGUGAAUUCGCCUCACCUUUCAGCCUGUAUUUGGUCAUUUCUCUGGCAAUCAUCUCCUCCAUUUUCCUGGUGGUUUUAAUCAUCUUAAUUAUUAAGAUCCACCGACACAGAACUGGAUUUGGUGACGCUGAUUGCUCGCUAUGUACUUGUUGCUGCUUUCAACCGAGACAUUCGCUGAACGGGAUUCAGAAAGCGAGUAGAAAUCUUCAGAUUCCUCCCAACUAUGUUGAAGUGUUUGGUGGUGAUCCCCUUUCCCAGAGUUUCCGUUACGGUUCCUAUUCAACUUCCGGAUCUUCAAAAGGUGGUUUUCCAUUUUCCAACACACACAGUUCAUCCACCCACAGGAAUAAAGCCAGGAGUGAACCAAUUGGGAAUGAUGGAGCUCCACUGACAUCAAAUUCUGCAAAUUAUAGGAACUGUGUAAAUAACGAGAAAAAGUCGGAAUGCUUUCCAUUGGAAAUGGCUUAUAGUGGAAUAAACUGGUUAUUAAAUUGGCAAAUAUUAUGCUUCAUAUUUGCCUCUUGCCGUGUAGUUUGUGGUCAGAUCCGUUAUUCCAUUCCUGAAGAAUUGCAACCUGGUGCCUUUGUUGGGAAUAUCGCACAGGAUCUGGGGUUAGAUGUGAAGGAGCUUUCUGCUCGUAGAUUCCGUCUCGUUUUUGGUCGUAGGAAGCAGUAUGUGGACGUAAAUACCGACAAAGGCAUUUUAUUUGUGAAAGAAAAAAUUGACAGGGAAGAGCUUUGCGGACCGAGCCUGGCGUGUGCACUGUCUUUGGAGGGUGUGGUUGAAAACCCACCGAAUGUGUAUCAUGUGGAAGUGGAGAUUCUGGAUGUGAAUGACAAUGCUCCCGGGUUCCCGAAGAGCCAAUUCCGCUUUGAAAUCUCGGAGGCUGCUACACCAGGAGCGCGAUUCGCAUUGCAGUGUGCCAACGACCCAGAUGUAGGAAUAAAUUCCCUACAAAGCUAUCAGCUACUUGCAAAUGAAUAUUUCAGCCUAAGUAUCCAGAUUCGCAGUGGGGAUGAAAAGUUACCUGUGUUGGUGUUGGAAAAGACACUGGAUAGAGAAAAGCAAUCGAGUCACAAGUUGGUGCUAAUUGCCAGGGAUGGAGGUGUCCCUCUGAGGACUGGCACAGCUCAAAUAAUAAUCAUAGUUCAAGAUGCAAACGACAAUGCACCAGUUUUCUCCCAAUUAGUUUACAGAGUGAAACUGUUGGAAAAUGUGCCGAAAGGUACGUUUGUUAUCAGACUAAACGCUACUGACCUAGAUGACGGUUCGAAUGCAGAAAUAAUUUACUCAUUAAGUGACCAUACGUCGGCGAGAGUACACGAGCUAUUUGGUGUGAAUCCCAAAACUGGUGAAAUCAGAGUUAAAGGCAACUUGGACUAUGAAGAAUGCGGCGUGUUUGAAGUUAAUGUACAAGCAGUGGACAGAGGUCUCAAUGCAAUCCCAGCUUACUGUGACGUCUUUGUGACCAUUAUUGAUGUCAAUGAUAACGCACCUGAGGUGACUCUGACCUCUUUAUUCAGCCCAGUUGGUGAGGACGCGCUGCCCGGGACUGUGGUCGCUGUGAUCAGUGCUGCAGACAGAGAUUCAGGAGCCAAUGGACAAAUACAGUGUCAGCUCGCAAACAAACUUCCCUUCAAACUGGAUUCCUCUUUAAAGAACUACUACAGACUGGUUACACGGGAGCCACUGGAUCGGGAAAAUGCCUCUGUGUACGACAUCACCAUUGUGUGCAGUGACAGAGGCGCCCCUCCCCUCACAGCCCACAAACACAUCCGGGUGGAGGUUUCUGAUAUUAAUGAUAACGCGCCGAGGUUUGCGCAGCCUUUAUACACAGCCCAUGUGAUGGAGAAUAACCUUGUGGGCUCUUCCAUUUACUCAGUGACAGCUUAUGAUCCGGAUUCAAACCAGAACUCUCGACUGUCUUACUCUAUUCUGGAGAGUCAGGUUGAGGGCGAGUCAGUGACCAGUUACGUUUCUAUCAACUCAGACACUGGUAUCAUUUACUGUCAAAGAGCUUUUGAUUACGAGCAACUCAAACACUUUCAGAUCCUGGUUCAAGCUGAAGACAGUGGAGUCCCAGCACUUUCCAGCAACGUGUCUGUGGAUGUCACCAUCCUGGACCAGAAUGACAACGCCCCAGUGAUCGUGUCUCCAUUGGCCGAGUAUGGCUCAACAGUGACAGAGACUGUCUCGGGAUUGGCCGAGUCAGGCUACCUGGUGGCCAAGGUAACAGCCACUGACGCUGAUUCUGGCCAGAAUGCUCGUCUCUCUUAUCAGCUUCUCCAGGCCACUGACCAUGGACUCUUCACCAUCUCCCCCGGCACGGGAGACAUCUGGACCAUCCGUAGCAUCGAGGACAAGGAUGUAAGGAAGCAAAGAUUGGUCGUUGUUGUGAAGGACAAUGGAUCCCCUUCACUUUCAGCCACAAUGACCAUCAUGUUAUCAGUGGUGGGCGGUGAUACAGAGAUGCUCUCUGACAGGGAAGGCUUAUCUGAACCUCAUGAAUUCGCCUCACCUUCCAGCCUGUAUUUGGUCAUUUCUCUGGCAAUCAUCUCGUCCAUUUUCCUGGUGGUUUUAAUCAUCUUAAUUAUUAAAAUCCACAGACACAGAACUGGAUUUGGUGACGCUGAUUGCUCGCUAUGUACUUGUUGCUGCUUCCGCCCGAGACAUUCACUGAAUGGGAUUCAGAAAGCGAGUAGAAAUCUCCAGAUUCCUCCCAACUAUGUUGAAGUGUUUGGUGGUGAUCCCCUUUCCCAGAGUUUCCGUUAUGGGUCCUAUUCAACUUCAGGUUCUUCCAAAGGAGGCUUUCCAUUUUCCAACACACACAGUUCAUCCACCCACAGGAAUAAAGCCAGGAGUGAACCAAUUGGGAAUGAUGGAGAUCCACUGACAUCAAAUUCUGCAAAUUAUAGGAACUCUAUAAAUAACGAGGUGAAACAACCGAACGCUGACUGGCGUCACUCACAGGCUCAUCGAGUGGAAGUGAACAGUUCCCAAUAUUUGGAGGAGGAAGUUGUGCAGCGAGAUGUUCGGAGAGAUGUGCAGAGAGAGGCACAGAGGGAGGUACAGCGAGACGCACAGCGAGACCCCCAGCGCGAAGUGCAAUGCGAAGUACAACAUAACGUGCAGCGUGAUGUGCCUCGGGCAGCGGAGAAAGAUCCCGGGGUUCCGCGGAGAGUCGUGCCUGCAAAACCCACAGCCGUCCCUGCUGGUAGAGAAGGGUGGACAAUACCACGGACAACUCCACGAACUCCGUUGCAGAUGAAGCUGAGUGCCCACCCGCCAGGAGCCAUGCGAAGUCAGUAUUUUCUCCCCCAAGAGGGCAUCGAGUCAUCUCCAGUUCGAGUACCAGGAGAGCAGAGCUGGACGCCCAGACUAGCGGUGAAAUUUCCCCCGCAUCACCAGGCCACUGACUAUCUACACAAUGUCUACAUCCCGGGCACGACAGCCACACUCUCCGGGAAAUCCACCUCCGAGCGCGAGGGGAAGAAAUCCUUCAUCACCUUCGGGAAGAAGAAGAAGAGCGGUAAAUAAGCUUUUAGGCGAGGGAGAGAAACGGAGUUUAAUAAAAAAGAACAUUAUUAAUAACAAUAAUAAUAAUAACAACAACAAUACCGGCGCUGCAUGUCUGAAGCACGUUUUGUGUUUUUUUUAGAAAAAAUAAAUGACUAAAAUGUCACUGACUUACUUAAGCCACUGGGAUCAACCCAGUUCUGUUUUUUGCUGCCCUCAGUAUUAGUUUGAAAGGGAAUGGAGAUUUUCAACUGCAAUGAGCAUGUUCAGAGAGCUGAAUGCCUUGGGAGGAAUUGGGAGCCUUAUACCUAGCAACUGCUGUGGACGAAAAUAUCUUUGCACCACUAGCAAUCUGCUAAGUCCACGUCUUCAAUCCUUCAUAGUGUUAAGUGUUGGUUAUUAAUGUUAGUUAUCAAUCACUGUCAUCAAUUAGUUUUCAACCAAGUCACUAGGUGCAAAGCAGUCUAGCAUUUUCCCCCGUAAGAAGGGAAUUGGCUCAAACCAUCUCGCUCUCUCCGUCACACGUCAACUAACUGGUUGAAAGGCCCAACGAGAGCUAUGUUUCAUUGCAAAUUAAGUUGACCUGUUUUCUCACCAAAAUUCCCGAGUCAGGUGAGAACCCCUUCUCCUGUCCUUCGCCACCCCACCCCCCACCACACCCACACCCCAAGAUGGUUAAAACGUUUAAAGAAAGAUCCAUUCCCUUUUUCGAAGACUUGUUACACAUGUUUCAACUAUUGUCGGCAGCCACUGAUUUUACUGAAUCCCAUUUCCUGUGCUAACGUGUCUCCAUUUAUCCAUUCCAAUGUGUCACUCGGCCUUAACGUAGAUUAAGCAGCGCUUUGUAUCUCAUUGUGCAUGUUGCCAACCCUCCCUCACCACCCCCCGCCGACAAGGGUUAUCGCUCUUUUGAAAUUUUCUGAAAUUUAUUUACCACCUAACACCCCAGCUUUAAUGUUCGGAGGGUGUGUGGCAGAUCAUAAAAGAGAAAAACAAAUGUGUGUGUGUAAAAAAAAAAGUAAUGCCUUCCUUCCUUUAUGAAUUGAGUUGGGUCAGAACGCUAACAAUGCAUCCCAUUUCUGGCCCAAGAGAAAGCAUCUUCCUGAUAUUCCUGAUCUCAUUCCAUUGCAACCGUAGACAGUAUUGGCUGGUGUUUCAGAAAUUGGCCCCUGUCAUAAUAUCUCAAGGAGAUCCCAUGAUGGACAGUGUUUGUUGCAAGGAAGGGAAACAGGGAGAGAUUGAAAUUGGAAUUAAAUUGGAGUUGAGGUACAGAUCAGCCAU